UCACCCUCUUAUCCGAAUGAGCUGUUGUGUCACUCAGAGGCACCAAUUCUCUUCCCUUCCAUAGUUCCAUUCCCUUCCCAACCCACCUCACCCUCUUUCUUGCCUCGCCUAUGAAUCUCGUUGAUAACAUUACCUUAAACAAAACCAAGUUGUUGUUGUUGUUGUUGUUGUUGUUGUUGUUGUUGUUGAUGUUCUACUUCGUCUUACGUUGUUAGUUUCAUCGCUCCGAUCGGAGUGACAGACAAGAAUGUCGUGUUUAUUGCCACACUUCAAGUGCCAUCCUCAUCCCUCUCCUCCUACGCAUCAUCAUAACCAUCACCAUCUAUUCAUAACGAAAACAAGACCAAAUUUGUGUUUCCAGCCUCAAUGUGUUUUGUUAGCCACAACUUCAGUAUCAAAAUCAUCAGCGGCACUCCUUAAUCUGCCAACCGAGUUGGAAUUAGAUGCUCCAAACACGCCUUGGCCCUAUCCCUCCACGCAGGCAAACUUUAAAGCAACGUCGUCUGCAGAAUCACUGAUCAGCAGUGAAGAUGCUGUAAUAGCUGCUGCUGCUUCUGAAGCUCUUGCUCUUGCUAAAGCGGCUGCGAAGGUUGCAAAGGAUGCGGCUCUACUAGUAAAAAAGAGGCCCCCAGCCGAAGCAGGGUAUAGACCACAAGUUCCUUCCAAAUCUGAUAAUUUACUUCUCAAUUGGAUUCAACAUAUGGAAGCAGAAGAUGUUGUAGCAGGAGGAUCCAUGGGUGCUGGAGCAGAAGUAAUGGAAGCUGUUGACAUAAGCCCCAGUGAAGAGGAGUUUGAUGAUGCGGAGCCUACCCUUGAGGAACUUGAGCGUGAGCAGGAAGAGCUUUCCAAUAGUAUAACUGCAAGAUCUAGCCGCCAAACAGAAAGAAAAGCUAAAAGAGUCAGAGCGACUGAGAAAGCUACAACAAAUAUUGUGUCUUUCAAGUCUGGCUCCACCAGCAGGAAAAAGCGUGUUCCCGUGCAAGAAGUAGACUAUUCUGAUCCACUUCGUUACUUAAGAACAACAACUAGAGCUACUAGGCUUCUGACCCCAACUGAAGAAAUUGAGUUGUCUGAAGGAAUACAGGACCUAAUAAAGCUUGAAAAACUCCAGGAGGAUCUUGCAGAAAAGUGUGGUGAUCAGCCCACAUUUGCCCAAUGGGCUGCAGUUGCAGGGGUAGAUCAAAAGACCCUGAGAAAACGUUUAAAUUAUGGCAUAUUUUGUAAAGAAAAGAUGAUUAAAAGCAAUAUACGACUCGUCAUAUCAAUUGCUAAGAAUUAUCAGGGAGCUGGGAUGAAUCUGCAAGAUCUUGUCCAGGAAGGAUGCCGAGGUCUUGUAAGAGGUGCAGAGAAGUUUGAUGCUUCCAAGGGUUUUAAGUUUUCGACCUAUGCUCAUUGGUGGAUUAAACAGGCAGUUCGGAAAUCACUCUCUGAUCAGUCAAGAACUAUUCGCCUGCCAUUUCACAUGGUGGAGGCGACUUACAGAGUGAAGGAGGCAAGAAAACAAUUGUAUAGUGAAAAUGGAAGACACCCUGAUGAUGAAGAAGUUGCCGAAGCAACUGGGCUGUCAAUGAAGAGGCUUAGUGCUGUACUUUUGACCCCAAAAGCUCCCAGAUCUCUGGAACAGAAGAUUGGGAUCAACCAGAAUCUUAAACCUUCGGAAGUAAUUGCUGAUCCUGAGGCUGAAACAGCUGAAGAACAGCUCAUUAAGCAAUUCAUGAAGAAGGACUUGGAAAAGGUACUGGACAGUCUAAAUCCAAGAGAGAAGCAGGUCAUUAGAUGGAGAUUUGGUAUGGAUGAUGGAAGGAUGAAGACCCUGCAAGAGAUAGGAGAAAUGUUAGGUGUGAGUAGGGAGAGAAUUAGGCAAAUUGAGUCUUGUGCUUUUAGGAAACUAAAGAACAAGAAGAGAAACAAGCAUUUGCAGCAGUAUUUGGUUUCACAAUCCUAGCAAAUAUUGAUAUUGAAACGCUGGGGUGAGUUAGCUUAUUUAAUGCCUGUGAGGUCCUGAUCCCUUUGUUCUUCUCUUCGUCUGAAUAUUCUUCCUCCAUUUUUUCUUCAUCCUCCUAUAGAGAAAACAAAAUGUCGUGCUUAGUAUACUAGGAAAUGGAUAUAUACACAAAGGAGCAGCUUUUGACUAUGA